GUUGCAACAGUCUUCGUUGUAACAGUGUUGUUAGUUGUGAAGCAGGAGGUGGAGCAUAUUGUGCUAUUUGCUUCGCGGCCAUACAUAUCAGUACAUCGAUUUGUUUAGAAUUUUUAUAUCGAUUUUUUUAAAGAAUGUAAAGACGAUAUUUUUAUAUGUAAAAUAUUUUUGCGUUCUCCUCGUGUAUACAGGGUGUGUGUGUGUUUCCAACACAAGCUAUACAAAAUUAUAUGUGAAAAUACAGUGUCAAUCUGAGUACGAAGAUCCAGAAUUUGGCAUUUUGCAAACAAUCAAGUGAAAUUUUAAAAUACUUAUAAGGAAAAUUGUCGAAUCAGAGUGCACGAUAUUAGUUAUCAUUUGUUGAGCACGUAGAAUUAUAUCGCAUUGGUUAUAUUAUCAUUUAAACUACAUCAUGAUAUCAAGUGCAAUAUUAAUUAUUUUAAUAUGCAUUGGUAUAAUCUACCUAAUUAUGGAUUAUCGUAAACGGUUACAAUUCUUUCAAGCGGCAAAUGCAUUACCAGGUCCGAAAACGCAACCAAUUUUGGGAAAUAGUUAUUAUUUUCUCCAAAGAAAUUUUGACGAAUUCUUGAACAGUAUAUCUUCGCUCAUGGAUAUUUACCCGUCUCCAUUUCGGUUUUGGUUGGGCAACAAGUUAAUUAUUUUUAUAAACGAACCAGACCAAAUAAAAGUAAUUCUUCAACAUCCUAGCUGCUUCAAUAAAAAUGUGCUGUAUGAUACUUUGAGACCGUGGCUAGGAACGGGACUUAUUACUGCUCCUGCACAAAUAUGGUUUGGACAUCGAAAAAUGAUAGCGUCAAGCUUUAAUACAAAUAUAUUACGAGGAUUCUGCGAUAUAUUUGUGGAACAAACUUCAGUAUUUAUGGAGAAAUUAGAACACAUGGUAAAUGAUGAAAUAGAUCCUUUUCAACAUGUAACAAUGUGUACUUUGGACAUCAUUUACGACACUUCGUUGGGUACCAAGUUGGGAUCACAAUUAAAUGAAAAUAAUAUGUAUGUUAAAGCAAUAAUGAGGCUAAAAGAGAUAAUUUUACACAGAAUACGAAAUAUAUUUUUAUUUCCCGAUAUCGUAUUCAAUUUUACUCCUCUAAGUCGCGAACAACAGAAGCAUUUAAAUUUUAUAUAUUCUACCGCGGAAAAGGUAAUAGAACAAAAGGAAAAUGCGAGAGACAAUUUAGUUGGGAAUCAAAACCAAUCUGAUAAACCUCCAAGAAAAGUGUUUCUCGAUUUAUUAAUGGAAGCAUCUGACGAAGGCAAGAAAUUUACUAAAAAGGAUAUUAUCGAUGAAAUCAAUACCAUAUCUUUUGCCGGUUCCGACACAACCGCAGUUACACUAAAUUUUACGAUGUUCAUUUUAGCAAAUUUCCCAGAAGUACAACAAAAAGUGUACGAGGAGUUACUGGAAAUUUAUGGUACUCAAGACCCAAAAUCCACGCCUAUCAAGUUCGAAGACUUGCAAUAUAUGAACUAUAUGGAGCGUGUUAUUAAGGAAACAUUGAGACUCUUCCCCGUUGUGCCUCUCAUAGGACGUCGACUUAAUGAUGAUUUACAAAUAGGAGAAUGUACUAUACCGAAGGGCGCUGAUUUUAUGAUAUCAAUAUUAUUCUUACAUCGCAAUGAAAAUUAUUGGCCGAAGCCGUUGACAUUUGAUCCAGAUAGAUUUCUUCCGGAGAAUAUGGCAAAUAUUCAUCCAUAUAGUUAUAUACCGUUUAGUAAUGGUCCAAGGAACUGUUUAGGUAUGAGGUAUGCAAUGACUUCUAUGAAAGUUCUCCUAGCAACUCUGUUGCGGACAUAUAUAUUAAAAAUGGACAAGAAAGUCAAAAUAGAAGAUGUAGAAUUGAAGAUGGAUAUUCUGUUAGUGCCGAUGAAACCUUUAAAAAUUAGAAUUGAAAAAAGGAAGUGAUGGUAUAAUAAAGUAUGAAUGUAGCAAUGGGGGAAAUAGAGUUUUUUAUUAAUACAAUUAGUUGAUUUAAUCUUACUUAAGACUUAAUUAUUAUGUUUUGUAUAGAAUUUUGUAUAGAAUGUUACAAUAGGUAAACUCAAUUAGAUUAAUAUAUGUAGUGCGAAACGUUAAUAUAAGAAAAUAAUUACUCCUUUAUUUUACUUUUAUUACGGUUAAUAAAAUGGUGUUGUAAUUUCAUACAUAUUAAUAUAUAUUAAUUAUUUUAAUUGAA